GAUGACGCACUGGAGCCACUGAGCUCCUGGCCCCUCCCCAAACAACAUAACUAGAGCACACAUUCGCGUCAGUUCGCCGUUCAAUCGCGAGUUUCUGUGGACUACCAUCGUUUAAAUACCUUGACCGGAGCAUAACUGGUUAACUUCACACAAGAGACCUACUGUUGGACAAUCGUUUUGGCUUUAAAGGUAAAUGCAUUGUUAGUUACAAUGUCUAGUUACUGGGCCAAAAGGAGACGAAUAUUGAAAGGAGUUGAGAGGGACAAACAGGAAAUUGCAGCUGCAAACGAUGCUCUACUUGCUGUUAUUCCUGACUUUGACCAAGUAAAUCCUCCUGUAAAUGAACAUCAACAUGGAAUGGCUUCAACAAGCUAUUGGCCCCCAUUUAACCUCCGCAAAAAAGACAAAGGCAACAAUUUAGCCAUCCGCUGCACGCCUCCACACAGCACCUGGGAGAAACAUCAUUUUAAGUUUAUGAAGGGAGCAGAAUGUUGGCAAGAGGCGAUGAGAUAUUUGGUGCGCUUCCAAACAGGUUCUAGCGUUGAAACGACGGACGAUGACAAGAAGAGAAAGAGAAAGAGAAUCUCAAAUUCCAAGUACAGACCCCAGGCCUCUUCUGAUGAAGAGGAGUCUAGUCUUCCAGAUGCACCAGCAGUGCUGUCGUUUGGACAACCUCUUUUGAGCUUUGAAAACAUUGUUCCUGGUAACAAGGUUUCAGUGCUGCCUGAUGCUCCAGAAGUUGCAUCGAUUCCAGAAAACCAGGAAAAUGUUGUGCCAUCUGUAGACUUCAGAGGUGAACCAGGUUUCUCCCCAGAAAUUCAGACUCCACUUCACAGAGCCAAGAGUUUGAGUACAAGACACUUGACUGGUUACUCGCCGCAGCAGUUUCUGGAUGAAAGGUGUCGAGCUCGUCAAGUACUAAGCUUUACACCCCCAGCAGCAAAUUUACCCUGGCAGCAUAUGGGUGAAAACUCUGGAGGAGAAAGUCAUCGCUCUGUAAUUGGCCCUUGGACUCCCCUGGCAUCUCGUGUACAGCAUGAAGUUUUCAGCUAUGAAGAUUUCCAGAGACUCCAGAAUGAAAAACAAGCCGUGAUGGAGGAGAACCAAGCCCUUAGGGAGGAGAACCAAGCUCUGAGGGAGGAGAACCAAGCUCUGAGGGAGGAGAACCAAGCUCUGAGGGAAAGCACUGCACGAGCAGCUUCGGAUGACAGCGGCUCACUUCAAGAGCAGGUGAAGCAAGUUGGGACAAUGUUGAAGACGUUUGCUCGCACUGGGCAAUCAGGUGCAGAUCAGACCUUAAUGCUGCGACGUCUUGGAGAGUUUGGCGAUGUUGUGCGUAGCAUGGACAACAAAAUGGACACUAUGCUGCAACAUUUCAGUGCCAAUGUGUCUGUUGGAGAGUUAUCCCUGCCAGGGGAUCUGUUACUCCCCCUAGACACCCAGGAAGAUUUGGCGUUGCUUGACAACAGUUUGAGGCAGGAUAAAGAGCUCCAGGAACGAUUUCUUCGGUUUUUGGCAAUCAAAUGUGGGAGGGACCUAAAGACAACCGUCUGGCGGAUGCUUCAAAGUAUCUUCUCUAAUCACCUUCCAUCAAUACAACCUGGACUGGAGUUGGGGAUAAAGCAUGUUUUAGAGACAUGUUCCUGAAGACCAUUGUUCAAAGAGCCAUCCGGAAGAACCCGGCAACACAGGAUGCCACUGAUGAAGCCAUCCAGGUUAACGUUACGCGUUACCUGAAAGGAGCAUCUGACCGUGAAGGCGGAAAAAGGCGCCGCACAGCUGAGAGGGACCCACAGCCGACCCCUUAAACCUAGGCUGACUACUGACAUCCCAGCAUCACUGACAACUGGAACCCUUUCUUUAUCCUGCAGUCAGUAACAUCAAGACCCCUAAAGAAGCCAGAAGUGUCAGACUGCACUCCCCAAUCCACACUGUUCACUGUGGAUAUUAUCAUAGUGCUUAACUUAUUAUAUUGUUAAAUAUAGCUUGUAAAUCCUUGUGCCACAGGUCAGCAUUGCAGUUAUAUCUGUUCUACUACUUUUUUUACCUCAGUAUUUUUUAUAUAUAUUUGAAGAUGUUUAUCACAGAUACAAGAGACAUCUUGUACCCCAGGUCAGCAAUGCCAUUAUAAUGGUCUAUUCUACUCCAGAGCUUUAUUCUAAAUUAUUACCACUUAUCUUAUUGUUAGAAAUGGCUUGUAAAUGUGAUGUUAUACCUGAAUUUUUUUUGGUGUCCUGCACAUUCUUUGGUACCAGAUAUACUCAUUACUUAUGUUUACUGGUAAUUCUUUUCAUGCCAGAGCUGACCUCUUUAUAUUAUUAACAAUUAUUGUAAGUGUUAUAAUUUGCUUGUAAGCUAAGGCUGUUUUUUUUUUUUUUAACAAUUUAAUUGGAAACCUGCAUGUGUGUGUGUGUGUGUGUGUAUUUAUUUAUUUUUUUUCUCUUUUUUUCUGUUAUUUAUAUUUCAGGGAUCUGACAUCAUGUUUCAAUGACAGUUACUGUACUUUGAAAUGUGGAAUUAAAACGUCAAAUG